AUGUCUCCAAUGGCAGUCGAAACCACCAGUACCACCACCACCACCCCAGCCAUCAAAACCCACCCGGACCUCCUCUACGUCCACCGCAGCCCCAAAGCCUUCGCCAGCGCCGCAAUCUCCCAAACCGACCUUCCCGCUGGCGCCCUGUUCACCAAGAUCACUACUGCAACCCCGGCCCCCAAAGCCUACACCUCCGUGCAAACCGGCCCAGACACCCACAUCGAGCUCAACUCCGACCUCGUCUUCAUCAACCACUCCUGCACGCCGUCGCUCGUCUUCGAUAUGCACAACAUGGAAGUCCGAGUUGUGGACGACCGGCCGCUAAAGAAGGGGGACGCGCUUACGUUCUUUUAUCCCAGUUCUGAGUGGGAUAUGGGACAGCCUUUUGAGUGUGCUUGUGGUGCGGGGGAGGGGAAAUGUUUGGGACGGAUUUCGGGGGCCAAGGAUAUGAGUGAGGAGGCGUUGAAGGGGUACUGGUUGAAUCCGCAUAUUGAGCAGAUGAAGAGGAGUCAGCGUGUAUAA